GAAGGAGAAACAGCAAAUGGUAAAAAGUAAAAAAAGUACCCCCGGUUAGCUUCCCUGCUCGGGCAUAAGUAGUAGGGAGUCCACCGGGACGCUUAUUCAUCUGCAGGAAGCAGCUGGUUGACAUCGCCGGCAGCGACUGUAAGUGACGAAGCGCACUUCUUCGCGUCACGUAGAACAACUCUUCUAAUUUUAAUUAGUUUGGAGGAAGAAAUUGAAGGGGAAAAAAAAACUGGUGGCCGGGUCGAGCAGCUUGCAGUACUGUUGGUGGUCAUCGAAUUCGAUGAGCACGAGCAGGUAGAGGUGGAGGGGAUCGGUUUGCUGUUGGGCCGAGCUCGAGCUGCAACGACAAUUCACUGGUAAGUUCCAGUCAAGGCGAAGAUAAGAAUAUGGGAGGUGGAGGGGAGUCGGCGGCUGCGACAAUUGCGAUGGUGGUGGGAGGAAUCACUACAAGUCAGCAGAAGAGAGGCGGCGAAGGUGGGAGGUAUAGGGAAUGCCUGAAGAAUCACGCGUUGGGCAUCGGAGGUCAGACAGUGGACGGUUGCGGGGAGUUCAUGGCGGCCGGGGAGGAGGGCACCCUCGACGAGCUACGCUGCGCAGCCUGUGGCUGCCACCGCAAUUUCCACCGAAAGGAACCCGAAGGAGCAGGAAUCAUUACUUCAGGUUCAAUGGAGAUGGUGAUGGCGCACCAUCCCCAACUCUCGCCCUACUACAGGACACCGACUGGGUACAUUCCUCCCCCCCACCACUACGCAAUCGGAACGCGGCCGCCACUGCUGGGGCUGCCCUCCACGUCUGGCGGCGGCGGUGCGCGAGAGGAACAGGAGGGUGCAUCGAAUCCUCCUAUGCUUGGCAUGGAGGCGUCAGGGUCGGGCUCCAGGUUGAUGAGGAAGAGAUUUCGGACCAAAUUCACACAGGAGCAGAAGGACAAAAUGUUGGCCUUCGCGGAGCGCGUGGGGUGGCGGAUCCAGAAGCACAAUGAGCCGACUGUGCAGGAGUUCUGCAAGGACACCGGCAUCCGGCGUCACGUUCUCAAGGUCUGGAUGCACAACAACAAGAACACCCUCGGUAAGAAAGAAAUUAAACCCUAGCUAGGUGAUUCUGCAACAUGUAUAUGUAUGUAGGCAUGGAAUACAAUGUAGUAGCUCGCUAGCUACCAUCGUUCACGCCGGACGGCCGGCCUACAAAAUAUUAGAGACAGACUGAUCAUUUACCUCCUGUUUUUCUUGCUUUAAUUUCUUGGAUCCAGUUAGCUAGCUAGUUAUCUAGGUUCUUGUUCUUCUUCCCUGCAUCUUUUAACUCGUUGUGUAUGCUGUACCUUUUGUUCUUAGUGUUUUAAUUAUGGUUUUAAUUUCAAAUGAAUUGAAUUUGUGACCCUGGUUUAAUAAA